UUUCAAUAUUUGGAAUCGUGCCCUGAUUGGUCCAAGAGUGCGCAAUCGCAGAAUCGAUAGUCAUUCACGUUACACGUGUAUCUCGUAUGAGAUCAGUUCGGCACAGUCUUCUUGUGCGUCACAGAACGCACGCGUUAAAUAAUUACAUUUAUAUUUCAACAUGAAGCCAACACUUGUAGCCGACGAAAUGUUCCCCGAGGGAGCCGGGCCCUACGUUGAAUUGGAAGAGGUCGGAGGCAGCAGAUUAUUAGUAGAUCUUACGGCGAGUGAGAAAGCGGUUCAUUCGGAAUUUUUUAACGAGUUUGAUGAUCUUUAUGACGAUGAUGAUUUGGACUGAAGCAUUUCUAGGGAUUCAAACUAAGCAGCGCUUUGUUUUUUGCAUAGAGUGCAGUUAACUUAGCAUUGAAGCAGAGAACUUGUUUUCGUAAAUCCACCAUGCGGAACAGAGUUACGAUGUAUAAAGAAUCAAUAGACGUCGUAUAUUAUUGAUUGCAUUCAGCAAAAAGCAACUUUGGAUUAGCACGUUGAUGUUACAUUGCCAAUUAUUUGCAAGUUCUGCUGAAUGUUCUCUCAUUGUUGAGUUACACUCACUUAUGCUUCAUAUUGUGUUAUGCUUAUUCAGCAAAAGCUGAAAUAAAAUCUGAAGGCAUUCAGCAAAAAAAGUGGCAAAAUACAAUCGCUUAGCUGUUUCUUCUGCUGAAUGCAAUCAUUAAAUAUAAAUGUUUACGUGUAUAAUAGAUAUGAAAAAUGUACCGUUUCUUCAGUUUGCUGUAUAAAACUACUGCAAACUCUCA